AUGGCCUAUGACCGCUACGCGGCCAUCUGCGAACCUUUGCACUAUACCCAACUCAUGAGUAAGUGGGUGCGAGUCCCUCUGGCUAUGGCUUCGUGGGUCUGGGGCAUGAUUGACUCUGCCGUUCACACUGCCCUGGCCACUGAUUUGGCCUUUUGUGGAGACGUCAAGAUACAUCACAUCUUCUGUGAUGUUCCUCCACUCUUGAAAAUUGCUUGUAGUGACACCUAUAUUAACGAGGUAGCUCUUCACACAGCCAGUGCCAUUGCUGGCCUGUGUCCUUUUGUCACUGUCAUCAUUUCCUACGUCUACAUCUUAUCUUCAAUUUUGAAGAUCCGUUCUAACACUGGAAGGAGAAAGACCUUCUCCACCUGCGCUGCUCACUUGAUUACUGUCAUCCUGUACUUCGGGAUGAUCAACUUGAAUUACAACCGUCCCAGUGCAGGCUAUUCCUUGGAGGUGGACACUCUAGUUUCCACCCUGUAUUGUGUCAUCACCCCCAUGCUGAACCCCCUCAUCUACAGCCUCCGAAACAAGGAGGUCAAAGGGGCCCUACAAAAACUUCUGAAUGGUUCAUAA